UUGCGAGUUACAAAAUGGACAAUAAGAUUGCUAAUUUGCCGCAAAAUCUCAUUGAAAAGCCAUGCGUUUCUAGGAUAGAAGGAAGUCAGGUUUUCUUUGAAGAUGGUACUGCCGAAGAGAUGGACGUUAUCAUUUAUUGCACAGGCUACAAGUAUUGUUUUCCGUUUUUGACGAACGACUGUGGAAUUGUUGUGGACAGCAGCAAAUGGGUUCGACCAUUGUAUAAAGAAAUUGUCAAUAUAGAACAUCCCACAAUGUGCUUCAUUGGACUCCAGUUUAAUCUUCCAGUAAUUGCGAUGUUCGACUUGCAGGCUCGCUUCUUCGUUUCCACGUUGAACGGUCAUUUUCCUCUUCCGUCGAAGUCGGCGAUGUACGAAGAUUACGAAAAACAAAUAGCAAACAAACGAAAACUUGGUAUUCCGUUGAAACACACGCAUGGGAUGAUGCUUAAAGAAUUACGGAAAGGAUACUACGAAGAUGUUGCUACAACUGCUAAUAUAGCCAGAAUACCGCCGGUUAUUAUAAACAUGUUCGAAAAAAUCCUCGAAGAUAGAAAUAAAGGCGAAUAUAGGCACAUUGUCUACAAAAUAGUCAGUGACAGCAAAUUUAGAAUGGUCCUGAACGGAGAGAAAGAUUUCAAACCGAUUGUCAACGACAAUAAAUUGAGCAAUUCGAAUAUCAUCAAUGGACGUCAUCUNUGGUUAUUUUGA